AUGGCGCCAGCUAGCGGAACUGGCCCCGGCGCGGCCGCCGACAAGAAGCCAGAAAAGUCGUAUCUCGCAUCCGCCGUCGAUUCCAUCAAUCCUUGGGCGGCCAACCGAAGCACCACUCCAACGCCCAAGGAGCCACCUCCGCCCAAACCAGUGGUCCCUGUGAACCCAAACCCCGGGGACCAUAGUACCAACCCCUUUUACGGCCACAGCUUCAAGCGGUAUCCCCCUGAUUGCCCUCCACUAAAUGUUCAAUGGUUCCAUGCCGUAGAUGUCCCGAAGCGCAAGCCCAAGUUCCUCCAGUCCAAGACCGACGAUGACAAAAAGACCCAGACGCAACCAAAGAAAUAUGCGCCCUUCUCUCCCGGAGACUCCCGAGCACUCGAAGUUGCCUACCAAGCAAGACUCGAAGAGAUAGAGCAACAGAGGGCGAAUCCGAAACGCUCGACCAGUGUCCGUUUAGGCUCCAAGCGGCCUCGCGUCGUCUCGGGUGACGAAGCAAACAACACAAACCUGGAUUCAACUGAGGAGGAGGCCAAGAAUCACAUUCGAGUCCCCGUCAACGAAGACUUUCUAUUCGACGUCGACCUCGACGAUCGCGAGUUAGCCCCUGUUUACUGGGAGGGUCCAGUAUAUGAGGUGCGUCGAGGAACUUGGUUCUACCAAGAAGGCUCGACUGUUCGCCCAUGCGAGGAGAAUCUUGCCGCCCAGCUUGAAGAAGGAUACAUGAAGAUACGACCAUGGAUGUACCCAACACGGACGCGUAGCGACUCGGGUACCAGGACCGUCACACCCAAGGCUUCAGUGAGCAAUCUCAAGGCUGCGGCUGCCGCCCAGAAAGAAACCCCAGCCAAAAUGGAGACCACGGCUGUCCAACAUCAGCCCCAGACAUAUCGGCUGUUUGGCGCCUACAUGAACAACAUCGCAACAUACCACGACGAAAGCACUGUAUGGCUCUCAUCGGAAGGUGUGCUCUCUUGGGUGACCUCGACCGUAUACGAGAGGUUUGCUGGAGGUGGUUAUAUGAGCGGCGUGAAGCUCGUCCGUGGCUAUAAUACGGAAACAAAGAAGCCCAAAGAUGAUAAGCGGCCCUCGACUCCCACUGGAACCAAGAGCACUUCCGCAGAACAGGACGAGAAGCUGCAAAAGGCCCUCAAGAGACGCUCUGCUCCAGCAGGUGCGCAUUCACUUUCUGAAGAGACCGUGGUGGUCAAGGAAGAGGGCGAAGAGGAGGUGCCCGACGAGAUGGAAAGUACGAGGGCCAGGCUCAGUCGGCAAAUAUCAAACCUGAUAGAGGGUGUCAAGGAUCCAGAGGCAGAGGCGGAAGCGAUUCGGAAAAGAGAAGAGAAGGAGAUCAGGGACGACUAUAAUGCGCGACUAGGGGAGACUCAGGGCCGCGAAAUUGAGCAUCUCGUUCUCGUCACCCACGGUAUCGGACAGCUUUUGGGGAAGAAGAUCGAGAGUGUCAACUUUGUCCAUGACGUGAACAUGCUUCGGAAAACAUUAAAGGAGACAUAUUCUUCUUCGGCCGAUCUCAGGGCGCUGAACGGCGAGAUUGAAGUAGAAGGCCCUGGCAACUCGCGCGUUCAAGUUUUGCCCGUCGUCUGGCGACAUCUCCUCGACUUUCCAAAGCGCAAACCGAAAAGAAGAGAGCACGAUUUGGGUGAGGCUCCAUACGAAGAGGACGAAUAUGACAUUACGAUCGAAGGUGUGGCUUUUGCAAGGUCACUCAUAUCCGAUCUGGCUCUCGACGUCCUGCUUUACCAAAGCGCAUACCGAGAAACAAUUGCGGAGAUCGUUCUCCGAGAAGCUAACCGAAUAUACAAGCUGUUCAAAGACCGCAAUCCUAACUUCAACGGCAAAGUGCAUGUCAUCGGUCAUUCCCUUGGGUCUGCCAUCAUGUUUGAUAUCCUCUGUCGGCAACGGGAAAAACGACCAGAAACCGAGCCGUUUAAGAACCCGCUCAAAUUAUGGCCAACACACACCCAGGACCGAUACGAACCGAAAGAAUCCAAGGAGCUUGCGUUCGAGUUUGACGUGGAAGAUUUCUACGCUCUCGGCUCUCCCAUCGGCCUUUUCCAGAUGCUUAAGGGACGAACAAUUGCGGCUCGUCACUUGCCCAACGCCUAUCCCUCGGAAAGCCCCUUGAAUCCCGAAUACAUGGAUGACCCAUUUUUCCUUGCCGCUACAGCGCAUCACCACCAUUACCACCACCAUAACAGUGAUCAGAGUCUCUCUCCUAUCACCAACCUUCCGUACAGCAUCUCCUCUCCCAAGGUUGCUCAGUUAUUCAACAUUUUUCACCCUUCAGAUCCCAUCUCCUAUCGUCUGGAGCCCUUGAUCUCCCCCGCCAUGUCCACUCUCAAGCCCCAAGCUCUGCCAUAUACCAAGAAGAGCAUCUUCGGUUCUGUCGCUCCACAGGGUCUCACGGGUAUUGGUGCCAAGGUCGGGCAGAGCGUUAGCGGACUAUGGAGCAGUCUCAGUGCCGGUAUUGCCAGCAGUUUACUCAACCGUAGUCUCGGUUUUAGCCAGGAAGAUGUAGCCAAUAUUAACGCCUCACAGGCUCAGCACCAGAAUUCCAGUCCUGGCGCUGGUACCAAUAUUGCGGGCGGUGUCAUAUCUCCCGAAUCCCCCAAAAUGUCAGACGCACAACGGAGCGAGAAGACGGCGGAGAGGAUGCGCCAACUGGCCAACGCCGGCCACGAUGGGGCGCUGAUCGAUGACGAGCUGGAGACGCUCUUUAGUAGGUUUGAGAGGAAGAGGUUGGAUAUGGUUCACGCCGCCAAGGAAGGGGGCAGCACCGCUGCGGCCAAGGAGGAAUGGGUCAAGGAGGAGGCCAAGGCCCAGAAGUUGAAGAGAGAGGAGAUGAAGGUACGGGCGCUGAACAGGAAUGGGAGAGUGGAUUACAGUAUCCAAGAAAGCGUUCUGGACUUCAAUCCCAUCAACACCAUUGCUUCGCACAUGAGUUACUGGGCGGACGAAGAUGUGUGCCACUUUAUAUUGUCUCAAAUGCUGGUAUCGAGCAAGACGAAGACACCGAGGGUAGGUGAGGAGUCCAGUAGAAAUUUCACGCAACCAACACCCAGCUUCCAUUGUUUUAUUCAUACAUGGUGGGUUGCCCUGAGCUGCUUAAGGUCUGAGGACGUCUUUUUCAUGUCCGCUGUAUCUUCCACGGCGCCCCCGUCUUUUCCAAACCGGAUUCCGGAGGAUACCAACAACAUAGCCGGCUUCGUCAUGACCGACCCAGGUCCAUCACAGUCCCCGAACGUGGACGCAGACUGGGUCCGUUUUGGCUCUCUCCGACUUCGAUAUGGUUUUCCGGAUCGCCGUGACCCCCGAAUCAUUCCCGUAGGCUGGAUCUGCUGCAAAUGCCAGCACAACAACACCCAUUCCGAUGCCUACGGCAAGCCUGCGGAGAUCGAGCCUGGAAACACUGACCACUUGAAACCCUGUGCUGAGGUGAAUUGUCGGAGCAGGAAGCGAGAUCAUUACGGCAACGAGUUGGACCCCUUUCCGCAUUCUCUGUGCCCCGAAUGUACUUUGAUCAACCACAAAGAUCAUCCCAUCAUGUCUGGGAUUGGUAUUCCGGCUGCGUUGUCCGACCAUAUUGACCGCUCCAAGGUGGCUUUCUGGGAAUGCUGCCACUGCCUGAAGCUGAACGCGGUCAAUGACUCGGCCUUUGGGCGUUGCUUCAGCUGCCAUUUUCAGAGCCAGGGCUCCGGACACUGCCGCAAUCCCGACUACCCCCGGCUCCAGGUCAAGGCUCUGAGUGCGCUCCGACAAAUUCCAGAGGAGGGUAAUCACUUGUGGGAUGCCUACCGCAAAGUGAGCAUGGAGACUGAUGUCGAAAUCGUGCUUUCCGCGCAUGUUACCUGUGGUGACUGCCGACUUCUGAACGGAUACAAAGAGUACCUGAUCUUCGCGGACAAGACAGAAAGAAGGAGGGCGCCUACCCCCGUUGAAAAGGCCGCUCUUCUUGACGAGUUUGAGAAGCACAUCAGUAAACAGUUCAGGAAGCACGCCAACAUCAACGCCUGUUGGCGCACCAUCGAACGGUUCAAACGUUACCGCGCGAAAAAGAUGGUUGACAAAUCUUCCUUCCUUGGCAACUGUGACCCCAACCUCUAUCCCGAAUGCGACAUGGAAAGAACCAAGAGAAUCAUGCAGAGGGAUGCUCGGGCUAAAGCCAGAUUCGCAAUGAGUCAUGGACAGGCAUCAGUGGCCCUGAUGUUCCGCCAGAAGUAUCGCAUCAUGCGUGACCACGGCUACUUCGGGGAUACGCGCCUUGUUUAUGAGUGUUUUACUCGUCAGGUUGCCGAAACCGACCACCGCGUGGUUACUGUCGGAUAUAAAAGGAUUCCUAACGCAGCAGUAAGCAAAGAUGCCACUAACAACUUGGCCAACAACGUCAACAACGUCUGUGUGCACAUGAAUGCUGCUCUAGCAAACCCGGUGGAGAAGAGUUACGACUCUCUUACUGAUGACGAACCAAAGACUCCUCCUCCUCCUCCUCCUGAGGUAACAAAGCGAAGGGAGGAUGGGUGGAAGGAUUCCGAGUCAUUCUCUGUCCAAAGAGGCAACAGUAGGACGGAGAUACUAUCCUCUUCCUCCUCAAACUCCCAAUGGAAAGCCCGCCAAUCCAACGAUUACUACGCCCGCUCCGCCCGCACCGCCGGGCUCAAAUCGCGCGCCGCCUUCAAACUUCUCGAAAUCAACAAAAAGUAUCGCCUCUUCCGCCGCAAUUCUUCCCAGAUCGUCGUCGAUCUCGGUUUUGCCCCCGGCAGCUGGUCGCAGGUCGCGCUGGACCUCACCAAACCGGAUGGGAAAGUGGUGGGGAUCGACAUCAUCCCCGCCCAGCCGCCGAGGGGAGUAAGUUCCAUUCAGGGGAAUUUCUUGAGUGAGGGGGUGAGGGGGUUGGUGAAGGGGUGGUUGAGGGAGGAGGAGGGACGGGGGAGGGUCGAGUUAUUGAGGAAGGAAAGGGAAAAGGCAGCUAGAGUGGAACAGGAGGCGAAGGAGCGGGAGGAGAAGGAAAGGGUCGAGAGGGAAGAGAUCGAGGAGGCCGCGAGGGGGUCGGGGCUGGAGAGGGAGAUAGUGGGUGAGGUGGGCGAGGGAGUGGCUGGAAGUGAAGCUAGGCAGAGGGAGAAGAACGACGUGGUGGAGGAGAUGGUUCAAGGGGUGGAGAAGUUGGAGCUCACAGAGAGGCGGGAAGAGCAGCCGCAGCAGCAGCAGCAGCAACAGCAACAACGGCAGCAACAAAAGGAUGUAGCAAAGCAAGAGAUCUUUGCCGACCGGCCGAGUUACAUCGAGUUGGAACGGAUGGCUGUCAGAGAAGCUCAGUUGCAGCAGCCUGAAGUUCUGGAACAAGACCAACGAGAGGAAGACAAGGCGACCACCACAGCCAACGAAACAGAAAGAAAACUCGACGGGGAAGAGAGUACUGAGGAACCCGAAGAGGGACACCAACAAGAAGAGCAGCAACAACCAAGGAAGAAAAAGCAGCCAGAGCAAAUGCGGUUGGUUGAUGUAGUACUAAGCGACAUGUCAGAACCCUGGCCCCAAACCUCCGGCUUCUCCAUCCAGACUUUGAGUAACCCGUAUAGCAGGAUGAUGAACACGAGCGGGAUUUCGUUCAAGGACCACGCUGGUAGCAUGGACCUCUGCUAUGCCGCUCUCUCAUUCGCAAACGACACGCUCAAACCCGGCGGUCACUUCGUCUGCAAGUUCUACCAAGGAUCAGAAGACAAGAAGUUGGAGAACAUGCUUAAGAAGUUGUUUACCAAGGUUCAUAGGGAUAAGCCUGAUAGUUCUAGGAGUGAGUCGAAGGAGGCGUAUUUCGUUGCUCUGAAUAGGAGGGGAGAUGUGAUUUUGGAGGAUAUUCCUGUAUGA